UUCGCUGAUUCGUCGCGUGUCGAUUUCCGGCGUAGGUUGUAUCUCUUUUUGAGUAAAAUGGCACCUAAGCCGAAACCUACAGACAAAACAGAAGCUGGCAAGUCAACCAGUUCGACAAAGCCUGCAGCAAAACCAGCAGCAAAAGCUGUGCCCAAGGUUGCUGCAAAGGCUACAGCCAAAGUAGCUGCGAAACCCACAGCUGCAAAAUCUAAAAAGACAGCAAAACCCACACCCAAAGUCGCUGCGAAGCCCGCGCCUAAAGUUGCUGCAAAACCUGUAGUUCCAAAGUCGAAAAAAACUAUUCAACCUGUGAAAAAGGCGCCCAAAGGUAGAAGACCGGCUGCUCCGCUUCAAAAGGCACUUAAAGCUCAGAAAAAGAUAUUGAAAGGUGUUCAUGGAUCUAGAGUGAGGAAGAUAAGGACAUCUGUCCACUUCUAUCGGCCGAAAACAUUCAAGCCACCAAGAAAUCCCAAAUAUGCUAGAAAAUCUGUUCCAAAUAGGAACCGUAUGGAUGAAUACAAUAUCAUCAAGUAUCCAUUGACCACAGAAGCUGCUAUGAAAAAAAUUGAGGACAACAAUACAUUAGUGUUUAUUGUACAUACUCGUGCUAAUAAAUACCACGUCAAAGCCUCUAUUAAGAAACUCUAUGACGUCGAGGUGGCUAAAGUGAAUGCUUUAAUUAGGCCGGAUGGUAAAAAGAAAGCGUAUGUACGUUUAACCCGCGAUUAUGAUGCCCUUGAUGUUGCUAAUAAGAUUGGUAUAAUAUAAAUGUAUCUAAUUGCUGUGGAAGAAAAAAUAUACUUGUAUUAAUAAAAUAUAUUAAUACAAAAAA